AUGCAGUUGUUUCCUUCGGCUCUUCAAUUUUCCGAACAGUUGUUUCCUUCGGCUCUUCAAUUUUCCGAACGGCGAUUUUACACAUGCAGCCACCCUUCCCAUGCUCAGGUAGUUGGAACCGCUUGUUCUGGAUCUGGCGCGCCAUGCCACGCUUUGGCACAGCUGGUUGGGGAUGCAAACUACAAGGAGCUGUUCGCCAGUGAGAUCCAUGCAGGGGCGAGGACCUUCCUGUUGGAGAACUACAACAUCGAGCACCUGUAUCACAACAUGCUCUCGGCUAGGAAGCUAAGCUUGACUGCUGAGUAUUCUUCUUAUCUGGUCUCUCAUUGA